UGUAUCCCUGUACUCUCCAUUCUAUUGGUGAUAGAUUACUCAUUAAAGUUCUCAAUCAUAUGGACUACUGCUUUCCUUACCUUUUUCUCCAAUACAAAGAUUGUGAUCAUGCGGAUACACAGAUCUAUCCUAAAAUAUGUUCUCACUGUGGUGUUUGUCAUUUUCUUGUGUGCAUUCAACAGUUGUCUGUCACUGCUAAAUGUCUUGGGAUUUGACAACAGCAGUAAUGGAAAGGGGAAGGUUGAACAAAGCUACAUUAUCUACCUGGUAGUCUUUGCCGAUAUUGUUCCAGGCACAUUGAUGAUGAAAUUCAGUAUAUCCAACUCAUACCACCUGGCUAUUCACCUUUUCCACAUGAAGGAAAGCACCAAUGACAUUCAUGUUCUAAAUGAUGAUAGGCAGAUGAUUAGGAUGAACCUCACCAUGGUAGUAGUGUUCCUUCGUUUUCUGAUUGGAGAUAUUUAUAGUCUCCAAAACACAAUGAGUUUAAGCAUUAUUUUCUCCACAAUUUAUACCACAGUCAGCGGUGUGCUUAUGUAUGGAAAGAAUAGCUUCUAGAAGGAGUUUCUUUUCUGGUAUACUUUUUUGGAGGUGUACCCUGCUUUGAAUUGUAUGGGAAUACCUGAAAAGUAA